AUGUCACAGGGUAUCUCGGAGGCGGAGGGAAAAUUGUGUGUGACAGUCAAUGUCACUACAGAGGAGGCCAGAGUACACUGCACCACCACUGGGGCACAGCCAGUGCCGCAGGUCACUCUGACCCUGGCCUCUGGAGACAGCGAGAGUCUCGACAUUCCUCGACCUGAGGGAGGGGGACUGGUCCAGAUGUGUUCCACCACUCAGAAUAACAGGGAGGCCUAUACAUCAGUGGUGGUUCAGACCAUCAACAGUGGCGGAGUAGCUGAAGGUCUGAGACUAGAACCAGUGGUCAAUGAGAUUCAGGAUCUACAGGAGAUUGCUCCCUGUGAACCACCUCCUCCUGAGGUAAUGACGGACGUUGUGGAGAAAUCAACACUCUCCAAUGCUGAGAUAGCAGCCAUCAUCAUAGUAGUUCUAGUGCUGUUCAUUCUCCUGGUCCUGACUAUCGGUGGCAUUGUCUUGUGGAAGAGACAGACUAUAUCCUCGGCCUACAAGAACUGGGUCCACCCCCUGACGGAAGAGGAGGGAAUAGAUCUGAUGAUAGAAGAGAGGCCAGUGGCCACACCCACUGAUAAACCAACCAUCAUGAUGCUAAUGAACAACCUCGUCCCUGGGAAGGGUUCUACCACCACCACAAUGACUGCAGUCACUGCUGCUAAAAAGAAGAAAUUGACAAGAGAGGAGAGUCAACAGCCUGAUAUGGCAGUGAUGUCCCCCAAGGCUGCAGAAGCUGAGGUUAUUCUGUUGCCAGCAUGUUAUACCACACGUUAUCCUCCUUUCUCCUCUCUCACUGGCCCACAGAUGCAACCCCUGAAGACUAGUGAUGGGGCGGAGCCUGAGCCACCUCUCUCCGGGAAGGAACCAGUGGCUGCCCUCAAGAUGCCAGACCCUGAAGAGCCCAACACUCUGAGGCUACAUUUGAAGCCUGCCAUGCUGGCAAAGGUGGUCCACAUGUGGAGGUCAAAGCUGAACAGAGGGGACGAGAUGCUCCUGUAUUGGAAGGAGGACGAGGAGGAUGUGGACGAUGAUGAACCUUACUACCAGGAGUCCGAUGAGGAGGAUUCUUAGACCAAACCCACUCUAGGGAACUGCAGCUCUGAUUUUAUUGCCGUAGAAAACAAAUUGCGUUUUUUUCAGUACUUAAUUGUAUAUACAAUACUACAGCAUAACAUUGUAUGUCAGGUGACUAAAGCUGCAACCAGCUGCAGUAGUUACUUCGAGAUGAA